CAGUGAAACAAAAAGGCCAUUUGCAAAAACCGCCUUCUCGUAGAUUGAGACAGAACAGUCUACAGUCUCCACUUCAAAACUUUACCUCAGAGCGCUCUCUCUCUCUCUCUCUCUCUCUCUCUCUUUUCCCUAACAAACUUGUAACCUCUUCGCCAAACCCUACUUUCCUCCCCCCAUUUUUUCCGUUUUCGUCAUCGUUCGAUAUUGCACAAACCUCUUUGUUCUUUCUCACCUUCAAUGGCCGAAACCUCCGAUGAUUCGCCGGACGUCGAAAAGCUCUACGAGUACGGCGAACGCCUCAACGAUGCCAAAGACAAGUUCCAACAUGCCAGUGACUAUGAGGCCAUACUCAAAGCUACUGAAGAAGGAAGUGUUAAGGUCAAGCAAUUGGCUGCACAGCUUGUUCCCAAGUUUUUCAAGUACUUCCCAACCCUCUCCGACAGAGCUCUCAAUCGACAUUUAGAGCUUUGCGAGGAUGACGAGCUUGGGGUUAGUAUCUCCCUGUUUUCAUACAUUCAUAUUAAAUUUACUUAUAAUAUACCCAACUUAGUGAUUAUGCAUAUCAAAUGAUGAAUUGCUGUGCCU